GCACACCCAGCCCGGAGGUGGGAUUAGGCCGGGCUUUGGCUGAUCCCCUCCCAGCAGCCCGGCUUUAUAAAUCCCCCGCGGCCGCCGGGCGCGGCACCCGAGGGUGCCCGGGGCGGCCGCGAUGGCGCAGCAGCGCCGUGUCCAGCUGUCCACGCAGCGCCCCGGCAGCACCGUGUGCGUGCUGGGCACCGAGCUGGCCCUGGACGUGUGCGGCUCGGCCCCGCGCGGCGCCGCCUCCUUCCAGGCCCAGGCCACGCCGGGGGUGAAGCUCUGGGUGCUGCACGAGGCCCAGAGCGUGAAGUUGCCCUCGAGCGUCUGUCGCUGGCCCCUGGCGCCCGGCCCUGAGCUGCUGCUGGCCAUGGACCGCCCCAGCAAGGACGUGGGCGACGAGAAGGUCCGGAUCUCCUAUUUCCGCGAGGCCGGCGGGGUUCCCGUGGGCCGGGCCCUGCUCUACCUCACCUGCGUGGAGGUGUCGCUGGACGCUGACGUCACCCGCAGCGGGGCCGUGAGCCGGACACUGCUGGACAAGGCCAGCUGGACGUGGGGCCCCGAGGGCCACGGGGCCGUGCUGCUCGUCAACUGCGACCGCGACGACCCCGACGCCGAGGGCCUGGACAACGAGGACAGCGCCGUGCGCUCCUACAACGACCUGCAGGACAUGGCGCAGCUGGUGCUGCGGGCGCGCGGCCCCCGCGCCACCUUCGCCGGGCACCGCCUGCUGCUGCACCUGGACUUCGGCGACGCCGACAAGAUCAGGGUUUUCUACGGCGGCAGCGGCGCGGAGCUGGAGAAGUUCAAGCCCGUCCUGGGGGGCUCCAAGCUGGCCUACACCGUGCGGCCCAGCCGGCAGCACCACGACAGCGUCUUCUACGUGGAGGGCCUGGCCUUCCCCGACGUGGCCUUCUCCGGCCUCGUGUCCCUGCACGUCACCCUGCUCGAGAGCCCCGAAAAGGGCCUCCUGGAGUCUCCAAUCUUCACGGACUCUGUGGUGUUCCGCGUGGCUCCCUGGAUCAUGACGCCCAACACGGCGACGCCGCUCGAAGUCUUUGUCUGCAGCGUGGAUGGCAACGAGGAGUUUGUGGCGGCCGUGGGCGCGCUGGCCGAGCGGGCGCAGUGCCCGCUGACCGUGUGCCCGGCGCCGCAGAACCGCCAGGACCGCUGGAUCCAGGAUGAGGUGGAGUUCGGCUACAUCCAAGCCCCCCACAAGACACUUCCCGUGGUCUUUGACUCGCCCCGGGACCGUGGCCUGAAGGAUUUUCCCGUCAGGAGCAUCCUGGGCCCUGAUUUUGGCUACGUGGCCCGACAGGCUGCAGAGGGCGCUUCCAGCCUGGAUUCCUUCGGGAAUUUGGAGGUGAGCCCGCCCGUGACUGUGCAGGGCAAGGAGUACCCCUUGGGGCGCAUCCUGAUCGGCAGCAGCUUCCCCAGGGUGGGCGGCCGCAGGAUGGCCAAGGCCGUGCGGGAUUUCCUGGUGGCCCAGAAGGUGCAGGCGCCCGUGGAGCUCUUCUCGGACUGGCUCAGCGUCGGGCACGUGGACGAGUUCCUGAGCUUCGUCCCCGCGCCCGACCGGAAGGGAUUCCGGCUGCUCCUGGCCAGCCCCAGCGCCUGCUACCAGCUCCUGAAGGAGAAGCAGGAGGAGGGGUUCGGCGAGGCCGCGAUGUUCCAGGGGCUGGACAGGGUGCCCAAGCCGACCAUAAAUGAGAUCCUGGCUAACGAGGAGCUCCGCAAGUUCAAUGACUACGCCCAGAGCUGCAUCAGCUGGAACCGGGACAUCCUGAAGCGCUCGCUGGGCCUGGCCGAGCCGGACAUCCUGGACAUCCCGCAGCUCUUCCAGAACAACGCCGCCUCCGGGGCCGAGGCCUUCUUCCCGGACAUGGUGAACAUGCUGGUGCUGGGCCGGCACCUGGGCAUCCCCAAGCCCUUCGGGCCCGUGGUGGGCGGGCGCUGCUGCCUGGAGCAGCGCGUGCGGGAGCUGCUGGAGCCGCUGGGCCUCUCCUGCACCUUCAUCGACGACUUCUUCUCCUACCACGUCCUGCUGGGCGAGGUCCACUGCGGCACCAACGUGCGCCGCAAGCCCUUGGCCUUCAAGUGGUGGCACGCGGUGCCCUGAGGUGGCCCCGGCCCCUCCGCGUCCCCUCCCGCCCCAAUCCCCGCCCUGUCCCUGCCAAGUGCCUUCGGUGGCGGAAAUAAAUCCGGGCUGCGGCCGCGGGGGCUCUGCAGGGCUCUCCCGGCACCGGGAGAACGCUGGACUGGUUAAACUGGUGGGGAAUGGGGGCGGGUGGGGCGCUGGAGCCGCUGUCCCCGUGCCAAAAUCCAUGUGGGGUUAGGGAAUUAUGGAAUCAGGGAAACAUGGAAUUACGGAAUCAUGGGAUGGUUGGGAUGGAGGGACCUUCAAGCUCAUCCAUUCCCAGGGGCAGGGACAGCUCCCACUGUCCCAGGCUGCUCCAAGCCCCAUCCAGCCUGGCCUUGGGCAGCCACAGCUGCUCUGGGAAUUUCAUCCCAGCCCCUUCCCACCCUCACAGGGAAGGAUUUAUCCCAUAUAUCCCGAUCCAAAUUGUCCCUCUUUACUUUGAAGCCAUUCCCUGUGUCCUGUCCCUCCAUGCCUUGUCCCCAGUCCCUCUCCAGCUCUCCUGGAGCCCCUUCAGGCCCUGGAAGGGCUCUGAGCUCUCCCUGGAGCCUUCUCCUCUCCAGGUGAACAUUCCCAGCUCUCCCAGCCUUUCCUCCCAGCAGAGCUGCUCCAUCCUCUGAUCCCCCUGGAGCCUCCUCUGGCCUGGCUCCAGCUCCUCCCUGUGCUGGGCCCAGCCUGGGGCACAAUCCCCCCUCUCCUGCUCAUUCCCAUUCCCAUCCCCAUCCCUGGCUCAUUCCCAGUGGGAAUCAGCGCCUCCAGCCCAGGAGCUGAUCCCAUUCCAUUUCCCAUUCCCAUCCCACCCCUGGAAUCCAUCCCUGUUCGAGUGGGAUCCAGAUGGGGCCGCGUCCGAGCCCUGCUGGAAUUCCAGAGGGACAGAAUCCACAGCUGUUCCCUUGGAGCGACCCCACACAGGGACAGGAACCCCUGAUCCCAGAGCUGCGUCCCUAAAGAAUUCCAGAGGGAAAACAGGACAGGAACCCCCGAUCCCAGAGCUGUGUCCCUAAAGAAUUCCAGAGGGAAAACAGGACAGGAACCCCUGAUCCCAGAGCUGUGUCCCUAAAGAAUUCCAGAGGGAAAACAGGACAGGAACCCCUGAUCCCAGAGCUGUGUCCCCAUGGAAUUCCAGAGGGAAAACAGGAGCGGGAAUGUUGUGGGAUGGAGUCUGGAUUGGGAUUUGGGAAAAUGCAGCGUCAUCUCCAGUGCCCUUUGGGA